GCUUGUGGUACAGCCCCGCGCCGCGGCGGAUGUUACGUCACAACGUGUCGCAGAGCCCGUUGGGAGUUGUAGUUAUACGUUCCCUCUAUGGAGGAUAUUGCAUCACAGAAAGGUGAAGUUAUGGCGGCUGGAAUACAUCAGUGGCUGAGUAACUGGUUGGGUCCGCUCGGCUUCCAGUGCGACCCGUUCAAGAUUGGUUGGUACAAUGCUUUCAUACAGCCCUCUUUUCACCUUCAGUAUCAAGAUGACACAUUGGCCUUUGUUGUCCUCAGUACACCUCAGAUGUUCGAAAAAGCCUUCAAACCUUUCAUUGCAGAGAAGCCAUUAACCACUAUUCGGGACCCAAUAGAUGAGUGUGUUGUUCAUUAUUUUUCACUUCUGAAGAAUGAUUUUUCUGAUCACAGGAUUGAAGCCAUCCAUGACUUUGAGGUGCUUCCAAAUCGAAAGCCAAAGAUUUUGGCACAGACAGCUGCACAUGUGGCUGGAGCAGCCUAUUAUUAUCAAAUGAAGGAUGUGCAGCAAAACCCCUGGGGAGAAAAAAAAAUGUAUGGAGUUUGCAUUCAUCCACGCUAUGGGGGCUGGUUUGCAAUACGAGGAGUCCUGAUAUUCCCAGAUGUCCAGGACCAAGACCUUGAGCAGAGGGAUUUUUCUGGUCACAGGAUUGAAGCCAUCCAUGACUUUAAGGUGCUUCCAAAUCGAAAGCCAAAGAUUUUGGCACAGACAGCUGCAGAUGUGGCUAGAGCAGCCUAUCAUUAUCAAAUGAAGGAUGUGCAGCAAAACCCAUGGGGAGAAAAAUUCUAAAAAAUGAAUGGAGUCUGCAUUCAUCCACGCUAUGGGGGCUGGUUUGCAAUACGAGGAAUCCUGAUAUUCCCAGAUGUCCAGGACCAAGACCUUGAGCAGAGGCUGCCUGUAGACUGUGUGUCAACAAAUGAGAAAAAGAUCCGGUUACUUGAAAGGUUUAACUUUAACUGGCAAGACUGGACUUACAGAGAUAUCAUUGAUGUAGAGGAGAGGUACUCUGAAGAACAAAAGUUGUACUUUGCUCCACCACCUGCUGAAAGAUUUAAACUCCUUGGAUUGAAAGGUGAUGCUUCUGGAAGUGAUCAGCAAACCACAACACAUGGAGGUUUUUAA